CUCGGGAGUUCACUCAGCCAGCUAUCGAGCUAGCUUCCUGUAAAAUGGCCAGCUGGGAAAGGGUCGCCGCCGUCUUGAGGAACGUUUUGAGGAGCCCUCGGUCUCUCAAAGGGUUAGCACUGCACCGAGCCGUGGGACCCGGUAUCCUGGGGUCCGUUAUUGGAACUGGGGCUAUCUGUUAUUACCAGUAUCGUGCGAACAACAGGAUUCUGCCCUUCGCCGUUCACGCCGAGGUUCCAAACGUCACUGCUCAUCCGUCCGCCAGAAAGAUCCGCUUCAACCAGUUCGCCUCGGUGGUCUACGACGAGGAGCCCUACAUGACCCCGAGGGACUUCCUGUUCUCGGUGAUGCUCGAGAACGUUGACCGAAAGCUGCAGAAGAGAAACCUAACAGCAAAAGAAGUGAACAGCAUGCUGGGGACUGCCUCUAAAGCCCUGGCCGGCAACGAGCUGUUCAGAUCCAUCGGAGACAACGGUUUGAUAUCCUACACGGAGUAUCUGUUCCUGCUGACCAUCCUGACCAAGCCACGCACAGGAUUUCACAUAGCUUUCAAAAUGCUCGACGUUGACGGCAACGAGCACGUGGACCAAAAGGAAUUUCUCAAGCUGAAGAAAAUCCUUGGGAAAAAUAAGAGGCGAGUCCCCAAGGACAGCAUAGAGAAACCAGCGGAGGACGGGGAAAGCGCCAACACCACUCUGCAGGCCUACUUCUUCGGCAAGAGAGGAGAAAACAAGUUGCAGUAUCAGGAGUUCCGCAGGUUCAUGGAGGACCUGCAGGCCGAAGUCCAGGAGAUGGAGUUCCUGCAGUUCUCCAGAGGCAUGGAAACCAUGCGGAGAGAGGACUUUGCGGAGUGGCUGCUCCACUACACCAACGAGGAAGACAACGAAGUCUACUGGCAGAACAUUAGGAGGAGGAUCCCCGCCGGCCAGAGUAUCACAUUUGAUGAGUUUAAAGCCUUCUGCCUCUUCGCCAACAACCUGGAGGAUUUCGCCUUUUCCGUGAAACUGGUGACUGGAGCCAACCGUCCCGUUGGAAUGGCCCAGUUCAAACGAGCCGUGAGGAUCGCCACAGGCCACGAUCUGUCCGAGAGCGUGCUGGACACGGUGUUCAAACUGUUCGACAUGGACGGAGAUAACUGCCUGAGCCACAAGGAGUUCAUGGGCGUGAUGAAAGACCGUAUGCUGCGAGGUCUGAAGGUGCAGCAUCAGAACGGCCUUUCUGGCUACUGGAGGUGUGUGAAGCGCGAGACCCUGAAAGCGGCUCAGGAGGCCCUGGGGGCGGAGACCGGGUGCCCCUUCUGAACCGCCAUGCUCCGUGGAGCAAACAAAGGAUUUACACCACUAUCUUGUGUACAAACGAUAAGUUUACAGAUCAACUAUCUGAUGUUAGCUAAAGAACGGGUUCUAGUUGUGGUGUUUACAAAACAUUAGUUUUUAUUGUUUGGUGCAGUGCACUGUGUGCUUAAAUUAAUCAAGUUGUGCAUUUUCUAUUCAGAAUGUCUGAUCGCUUUCGAAUGACAUUUGCACUCUACAGUGUGUCUGGAACGUUCGCUUCCUUUAAUUCAGUGACCAUUAAUGCAUUUUCAAUUGUUCCUUUUUGUGGUGGGUUUUUCACACACAAAAUUUGGUCAAAUAAAGUUUCUUAAAAAUGCCAUCUCAACAUUGUGCUACACUUGAGGCUGAAAGAAUAAAGUGUCUGACUCGUAA